GCGUGUGCGUGUGUGCGUGUGCGAGCGGCAAAGCUUCUUCUCUCGAUGUCCGCUUCCGCGGCCGGCAAUGGAACUGGAGCCGGUGUUUUGUUCCACCACCCCGAGCUGACCCGGUGCCUCGGUUGUGGGCUCUUACAGGCAAUAGCUUGCUUGAUGGACAUGAACGCGUUGCUGGACAGAUUUCACAAUUACAUCCUACCGCACCUCAGAGGGGAGGACCGAGUUUGUCACUGCAACUGUGGAAGGCACCACGUGCACUACGUGAUCCCCUACGACGGGGACCAGUCGGUGGUGGACUCCUCGGAGAAUUACUUUGUGACCGACAAUGUGACCAAGCAGGAGAUCGACCUGAUGCUGGGGCUGCUGCUGGGCUUCUGCAUCAGCUGGUUCCUGGUGUGGAUGGACGGCGUGCUGCACUACGCCGUGCGCGCCUGGCGCGCCAGCCGCCGCUACGACACGUCCUGGUGGUGGCUGCCCAGGCUCUGUAAGCUGAAGGAGCUGCGCAAGCGCCACCCCCGGCAGUACGAGGAGCCCACGGGGAACAUGGUGCACAUCAAACAGAAGCUCUACCACAACGGGCACCCCAGCCCACGGCACCUGUGAGGGACCCGGGACUGCAGCAGCUUUUAACCACACACAGGACUCCUCUUCCUCCCGGGACAGCCUCUGCAGUGCUCCCAAGGCAGCUGAGGACACGGAUUUUCGGGAUGUCCACGGGUGGACAGGCCACCAUGCACAACUAGAGCUGGUCCAGGGCGCUCUGCAGCCAAGGCUUUGCACUGUGUUCCACGUUUUAUUGUCAGACUGGUGUAAAUAUGUAAAAAAAAAACAACAAAAAAAAAGCAGACAAACAACACCAACAAAAAGAUUUGCAUUAUACUUUCAACCCCCACCUCAUUUUCCCCUGGCUGUCCUGCACAUCCUGCUGGGAAUGUUGGCCGAGGGGAUGGAGGUGGGACAGCACCAAGAAGAUGCAAAGUGUCUCCUCCAGGAGCUCCAGCCCCACAAAAUUUCUUUGCUCCUUUGGCUGCUCUGAGCCUCCCGUGGCUACAAGGGCCUGGCUGGUCACAGGUUUGGAUGGGGGAAGGCACAGUGUCCCAUUUCUGGGGGUUUUGGGGUUUUUAUCCUUUGGUUCACAGGUUUGGAUGGGGGAAGGCACAGUGUCCCAUUUCUGGGGGUUUUGGGGUUUUUUGGGGUUUUUGGGGUUUUAUCCUUUGGUUCACAGGUUUGGAUGGGGGAAGGCACAGUGUCCCAUUUCUGGGGUUUUUAUCCUUUGGUUCACAGGUUUGGAUAAGGGGGAAGGCACAGUGUCCCAUUUCUGGGAUUUUUGGGGUUUUUAUCCUUUGGUUCACAGGUUUGGAUAUGAGGGAAGGCAAAGUGUCCCAUUUCUGGGUGUUUUGGAGUUUUUUUCCUUUGGUUCACAGUUUUGGAUGGGGGAAGGCACAGUGUCCCCUUUCUGGGGGCACAGUGUCCCAUUUCUGGGGGUUUUGGGGUUUUUUUGCUUUGGUUCACACGUUUGGAUGGGGGAAGGCACAGUGUCCCAUUUCUGGGGUUUUUGGGGUUUUUUGGGGUUUUUGGGGUUUUAUCCUUUGGUUCACAGGUUUGGAUGGGGGAAGGCACAGUGUCCCAUUUCUGGGGGUUUUGGG